GGACCGUCAGCGCAGACUGCUGGACCUCACCUGGAGGCCCCGGCUCAGCUUACAGCCAGCAGAUCUUCCACAUCAUUAUGGCUGUAAGGAGAAGGAGAUCCAGACGAGCCAGCAGCCUUGUAACGAAGAGACAAACUGUAGUUUGGACCAAGAGAGACCUCGGCAGGUGAUGAAGGAACAAGAAGAACCCGAAUUCCUGCAGGUGAACAUUAAACUGGAGGAACCAGAACUUCUGCAGCUAAAAGAGGAACAGUGUGAAACUGGAAUCAGUCAGGUUGAAGAGCGGCUUGUUCUGAAUCAGCAGACUGAUACGCUAAUGAUGAAGGAAGGAGAUCAUGGAGAACCAGAACCUGGUGAGGACCAGUUCCCCUCUCAGAACGCUCCUGAAGCUGAGAACCUAAACCAGAAAGAGAACCUUGAUAAAGACUCAGGAUUGAUAGAAGAAGUGUUGAAACAAAAUAAUAGAGAGGAAACCAAACUGAAGAGAAACAAAGUUGAGAAAAGAGCUUUUUGUAAAAUCUGUGGUAAAAGUUUCAGUCCAUGUUAUUUAUAUGAUCACAUAAGAACUCACACAGGUGAGAAACGUUUCUCAUGCAAGACCUGUGGAAAGCGUUUCAUUCAAAGAGGUCAGUUGACUGGUCACAUGAGAACUCACACAGGUGAGAAACCGUUCCCAUGUCAGACGUGUGGGAAGCAUUUUAAUCAAAAAAAUAAUUUGGUUACUCACAUGAGAAUCCACUCAGCUGAGAAAAACCUUCCCUGUGAAAUAUGUGGUAAACAUUUCUCUCGCAAUGAUCUGUUAGCCUCUCACUUGACCACCCAUACCAGUGAGAAACCUUUUUCCUGUCAGACCUGCGGAAAAGCUUUCAGUCUGAAGAUUUAUUUGACCCGACACACAAGAACUCACACAGGUGAGAAACCUUUUCAGUGUCAGAUUUGUGGAAAAGGUUUCAUCCAAAAAGAGAAUUUAAUUACGCACACAAGAACGCACACAGGUGAGAAACCUUUCUCCUGUCAGAUGUGUGAAAAAAGUUUCAGUGACAGAAGUAAUUUAAAACAUCACAUGAAAACUCACACAGUUGAGAAACGCUUCCCGUGUGAAAUCUGUGGUCAGUUUUUCUCUCGAAGCAGUAAAUUGACUCUUCACAUGUGCACUCAUAUAGAUGAGAAGCCUUUAACAAGUCAACCCUCUGGACAAGAUUUCAGUGAUGUAAGUCAUUUCAAGCCCAACAUGAGCGCUCAAACAGGUGAGGAGGUGUAAGCUGAUAACAUUGAAUUACUUGAGCAGCAACAUUCCAGUGUUAAAGGUUAAUUUAUUAAAUCAAUUUAUUUUCAUUACAGUCUGUAAAUAAAUGGCUACAAAACUGGGUAUUUAUCUGUAAUCUCUCACAGAGGAUUGAACAUUUUCAAAAAGAAAUACAAAUAGAUGUAACCACAAAUUAUAUAAAUCAUGUAAAAUAAGUAAUAGAAAAUAUCAAGUGCUUAAACUUAGCAUAAGGUCAGGAUUUAUAAGUUUAUGGCAAAAAGCUGCAAAAUACUCUGCUCUGUGAGUUCUUGUUGCUUGUUCUCGACACGUCUCGGCAGAACACUUUUCUUCCAUGCUGUCCCACUACUUUUAUGUGAUUGGUCAGGAUUUAGAAUUGAAUUUUAUUUUGGACAGACGGAAAUCUCUCAGGCAUCUGUCAAAGUAAACCAUGACGUCGCCCUGUUCAACUCUUGGUUUAAAGCAGAAAUUAAAUGAAAAGUGAAAUGCCUGCUCUGUCUUCCCAAAAACCCCAGUCGGCCUGAUGACCAUCUGCACUAAGCCUGGUUCUGGUUCUGUUGGACAUUUCUUCCCGUUAAAGAGGAAUUUUUCUCUCCACUGUUGCCUCAUGCAUGCUCAGUAUGAGGGAUUGCUGCGAUGCCAUCGACAGUCCACUGUGGCUCUACGCUCUUUCAGGAGGAGUGAACAGUAAAAGUCAAUGAGAAGAUGCAACCUGCUGGGUUUCAUUCAAGGAAACAUUGAACCCACCUGUCUGGAGGUUUAUAUGCGUUCUUGAACUGUUUAAUGUUUGGACACCCCUUUAGUUCCAACUGUUCCAUGGUCUUGCUCCACAGAAAUACAAAAAAUUUAAUUAUAAGAGGACAGUUCACACCCCCCCCCCCCCAACCAAUGAAUAUUUUUGUAAUAUUACUUGGUCACAAUUUUAUUUUUUUGCUUUGAACACUAUUAAUGCUGUUUGUGUCUCUACAAGAUCUGUAAAUCUGAGUAAUUCUGACAGCAAACAUAGUAAAUUGGUGUGGUCUCUAUAUCCAGCCCCAUGAAUAAUCUGUAUAGCUUCCUUUUGCAGAAUGCAUAAUGGUUGUAUUACACUUUUAUAAUUAUUACCCCUAACCACUGCCCAGUUGCUGAAAUAUGGAAGAACUGUUGAAAAAUAUAGAAUGUGAAGUGAUUUGUAAUCCAGAACAUGUUUUUUUCUUAAUUAAUAUUUCAAUCUCCCUCCUUGGUACUUUAGCUUGUACAUCCCUAAUGUUGAUUUCCAGCAUUUGUGUUCAUCAAUGAUCUCAGAAAAUAUAUUUCUACACCUUCUUAAAUUAAACCCAUCUAAAUGACCUUGUAACUGUGGUUUAGUUCUUUAUUUUCUCAACUAGAAUAAAUCUGGUUUAGCUCAAAUUUAAUGACAAUUUAUUUCUACCAAACCAGACUUUAAUUUUAAACUCUGUUUUAAUCUUUGUAGUAACAACUGCAAGUUGUCAUCAGAACAAACAAAUGUUUUUACCAUCUGCAAAUAACACACACUUAAUGUACCUCAUGUACAAAAUAAACUUAGAUUUGUGACCAAGAAAUAUAUAAAUUGUCUUAAAGUCAGAAUAAAUGUGUUACACUUGCUUGUGGUGUUGUGUCACAGCUGUUAUUUUUAAAUAAAGUUACCAUUUUUGAUGAAA